CACCUACAAAAAGAAUGCCACAUACUGUGCCAAUACAUCUUUAACAGAUAGUGACCCAUGCUGGUCAAAUAGCUCUCUCACCAGAAUGUCCAUGUACAGAAUUUGUGUGGCAGGAUUUUUCUUAUCGUUAGGUGGUUUUACUUUCUUUAAUGUUCAGAAGACAAAGUAUAUACAGUUGUUCACCACAGCAUCUAGGUGGAUAGCGUUCGGGAUGAUGAUUGUACUAGCUGUAAUAAAGUUAGAGAAGAAAAGCGGUCAAGGUCAUCCACCAUAUGCUGAUAUAUCAGGAGUUCCCAACCUGUUUGGUGUUUGUGUGUAUUCAUUCAUGUGCCACCAUUCACUCCCAUCUCUAAUAACCCCGAUAAGAAACAAAUCAAAACUAUACAAUCUACUUGCAUAUGAUUAUAUUUUGAUUUUACUCUUUUAUUUAUUGUUGUCUUUCACUGGAAUUUAUACUUUCAAAGACCUAAAUGAUAUUUACACAUUGAACUUUUUGCCUGACGGUUGUAAUACAAACUCUGUAACAAAUGUUAAGUUUAUUCAAUAUUUUCUAGCGUUAUUUCCAGUGUUUACUUUAAGUUCAAACUUCCCCAUCAUAUCUAUUACACUUCGCAAUAACUUGAAAGCAAUUGGUUAUAAAGUGGACAGGCCAUAUACUUGGUGUGUGGACAGAAUUGUCUUCCCUUUAUUGGCACUGAUUCCCCCACUAGGUGUUUCCCUGGCAACCAAUCAGGUUGAGUUCCUGGUAGGUAUUACUGGUUCCUAUGCUGGUGCCGGGAUACAGUAUGUUAUUCCCGCAAUGUUAGUGUUCUGUGCCAGGAAACAGACAAUAUUGUUCUCAGAUAGGAACAUACAUGAAUCACCUUUCAAGGGAAAGUUCUGGAUUAUAUUUGUAUGUAUAUGGGCAGGAGUAUGUAUGAUAUUUGUCACUGUGAAUCACAUAAUUAGUGGAUAAUCUUGAAAGGUUGAUUAUUAUUUUACUGUGAUAGAAUUACAAAUUGACAGCAAUAUUCUAUAUUUUAUACUAUACUUCUGUUUCCGUUUAAAGCUUUUUCUAUUCUUUGAAAGAUCAGAUGUUUUUAAUGAACCUCAGUCGUUUUAUUUCUGUGUUUUUUUUUUCUAUCUUUUUCCUUCUUAUUUUUGUUAAACAUUGCACAAUUGUGUGUAUUCAUGUAAUUUGUGGCCUUUUAUCAAAUAGUGUAUAUUUUUUCUCUUGUUUAGAUUGUAUUGUUUUUACUUUGAUUUAAUUUUUGUACAAUAUAAUUUUUUAAUGAUUUAACUGCAUUGUGAUACCAUUUUUUAAUAUUAAAUAAGUGCAAUUUGUUUUAGUUGGAAUCAAAAUAAUUUAUAUUUCUUACAUAUUUAAAAUGCAUACUUUUUUAAAUUUGAAAAGGUUGUAAGUUUUUAAAGUCCCAUAUUUACAUAGAAUCAGGUUAGAUUUAUUUCAUAUUAAUAGGAACUUAUUAAAUAACUUUUCAUUUUGCAAUAUUCCAUGAAAAUAAAACAAAGUAAAAGAGAAGUUUCUUCAAAGUCUAUGAUAUUCUUAGUUUGUUUUAUACAUUUGAUUGUGUUAGAAAGGGAAAGAUAAGUCAUAUUCUCUUUGUUUAUAUUUUUUGUCAAAAGUUAUUUCCCUUAGACCUUAUCCAUUUUCAAAGUUGUAUGUUUUAUUCAUGUAAUAUAUAUGUUUAAUUACCAUUAUGUUGUAAGCCAUUGUUUCUUAAGUAAAAUGAACAAAACCAUGAGUAAAUGUGAUCGACUAAAUACAAAAAAAUGUUAACAUUACUAUUUAUUCACGUUAUUUUGCUUAUAUAAAAUGUAUGUCAAUAGCUUAAAACCAAGUUUUAUGUUAUUAAAGUUUUUAAACGAUUUUCUCAGUAUGAUUUAAGAAAUAUGUUAAAGAUUUUGUACCUUUUGUAGGUUGUUAGUGCCAAACGAAAUACUAAACUUUACUUUUCUAAAGCCUGUUAGUCAUAAUCAGAAUUGAUUGUUAAGCAGUAUCAUGUAGAUGUUUCUAACUUAUACAUAUUAAAAAAAUCAAAACAUGACGGUGUGAUUAUAAUGGUUGCUAUGACAUUUGAUAGAAUAGAUGCAUUAAUAGAUUAAAUUUUUACUGACUGUAUCUAUGUAGUUUAUACUUGAAGCUAUCAACCGUCUCACACUUAGACAGGUGUUGUAUGACAAAAUGGUUGUGGUCAUUGCUGGACUCAGGUCAAUCAUUUCUCUGUCUCUGUAUCAUUCUUUAUAUCCAUCACCCACCAUUUUCGAUUUACACCAAACGGAAGUGAAUGUUACAUUUAAAAUGUAUUUAUAGCAUAAAACAAAUGUUUGAUGUUCAUACUCAUUUACUGAAAACAUGACCUGUUGUAUAAAUCAUAUGUUCUUUUACUGCAAGUGACUAUCAUUUUGCUGAUUUUUAUUUUUUUUUAUUUGCACAUGUCAUGAUUUUUUUUCUCGAAAAAAUGAAAUGUUUGAAAGGUUGCAGGUUCAACUAUUAUUCCUAAUGAUAUAUUUAGUUUAACAUUAAUUUAUGUUUUCUGUUGAGAUAUAGAAUUUAAACAUUAUUUGAAUAAUGAUGCUUGAUGAAGAUUAUUAUAUUACUUGAAACUAGUAGCAAAUAAAAUCAUUGAACUCUACCUGGUGUUGUAUGUGUGUUCAUCAACAGUUUAUAUUAUUAGCUUUAAAGAUUUUGACAGGUUAUAUGGCCCUAUAUAAACAGUUGUUUGGAAAUAUAACCCGAGCUCCUAGGUGAGGGUUAUAUCGCAAACAACCGUUUAUAUAAGGUCAUAUAACCUGUCAGUAAUAUUUAUAACAAAUUUAUAAUACAGCAAGCAUCAUUUUUUUAGAGAAAAAGUAAUAUUUCUUCAUAAAUCGACAGCAGCCGUGUAUAUAAAACUAAUAAUGUAAACGUCACAAUUAUCCAAUGAAAAGCAACGUUACAGACGUGCAAUAUUAUAAUACUGUUUUAUUAUUUGAAUAAAUAUUGUUGUCAUUCUGAUUCUAGUGAUUAUAAAAGGGUUGAUCAAGAAAUAAGACUUGCCACUUUGUUAUCGGUAAAAUAAUGAUGAUGAGCAGAAUAACUUUUAAAAAAUAAACAUGCUACAUUUGUAUUUUAUAUAAUUAUUAUAUUUGUCAUUAUUUGACAUCUCAUGGGUAAUGUGCUCGUGAAAAAUUUAAAUGUCUUAAAAUAUAAAUGUCAAUAUUUAUUUAUUUUCAACAGUUAGAUUGAUCAGAUACAUUCAAAUGUUUUGUUGUCAUGUAAAAGUGAGUGUAACUAAGAGUAUGUAUAUUGAUAUAGAUGUUAAUAUGAGUGAACAUACAUCAGAUAGAGGAACACUGUUGUGUACAUGUUCUUUAAGAUACUGAAUGCUAUGUAAAUUGAAUAAACAAUUGAAAGUAAGUUAAAACCAUUACAAAAUUUGUUGCUAGUACAGUAACAAAACAAGAAACUGAAAAGAAAUUGUGAUAUUUUGUGUAAAAUAUGAUCAUCAUUCCAAAUGAAAAGAAAAUAAAGAAUAAAGUUAGA